GGGGAAAAUGACUAAGCAGACGACACUACUUCUGGUUGGACGAUCCGGCUCUGGGAAAAGUUGCGUUGGAAACUCUAUACUUGGAAGACAGGAGGCUUUCAAAGCAAGUGGAAUGAGACAGGAGAAAAUGUUAUCAAAUGAUAUCGAUUCUAAUGAUGAGUUUUGCGUUGUGGACUGCUCGGGUGUUGGAGACACUGAAUCUGAUAUGGUGGGCGACGUGAAAGAUGUGAUGCGCAACGCCAGAAAGGCGUUGAACAAAAUCAAGGGAGUGACGAUGUCUGAAUAUCAUGAGUUUGAACUUGUUUAUGAACCUGCGAGUACGGAGUUGCCUAACAUCGAGAAUGUCCCAGAAUAUUUUGAAGAAACUCCAUACUCCAUUAAUUCCCGAGGUAUUGGCAAUUCGUUUACAAACGAGAAUCAGCAAGAAGACUCACAAGGAACGGAGAGUAAAUCGAUUUCUGAUGACAUAGGUGGAUUCGAUGCCCUGAUAUUUGUCAUGAAAUAUGGCGUCCGGUUCACCAAACAAGAGAAAGACGCCGUACAAAUGGUUAAGUCGAUCUUUGGAGAAAAUGUGUUCAGAGACUGGGGGAUUUUAGUUUUCUCUUACGGUGACAACUUUGAUCUGGAUACGGAAGAUGAUGGAAUGACGUUUGAAGAUUGGUGCCGGGAACAAACAGGUCAUAUAAAAUUACUCUUUGAAGAGGUUAACUAUAGAUGUGUCAUCUUUGAUAAUAAAUCCACUAAGAAAGAAAAAGAGCUUACAAAUCUAAAAGACAACAUCGACAAAAUCACAAAAAGCCCUUACACUUUAACGGAAUUCAAAAAAGGAAAGAGUGGACGAGUUAAACUACAGUUGAAUUAUCCAAACGGAGGACUCCAAGCAGAAACAGACCGUCUUUUCACCAAAGCCGCUCAGUUAAUGGAUCAACCGCUAUCCAAUCGUAAAAAAUGUCAAAAUGUGCUGGACGAGUUGUCGCAUCAUGUGCACAAAUUAAUCGAUCUGGACGAAGGUACUGGUGUUCUUCAACCCCUUUCUGAUCACGUGCUUGAUCAGAUAGCAACGCUAGAGAGGAAGAUGAAGCAAUUUGAAAGUAGAGGAGAGGGAGGAACAUUUUACGAGGCCGCCCGUCAAUUCUUUUUGAGGUUGUGGCAAACUUUAGGGAGUAUACGUUCCGCUAUAGCAAGUGGCUUCGCUAGCAUUCGUACCGCCCGUAGCCCGACGAGAAACACUGACUACACAAUGAUUUGUCCCGAGACCGUUGGCGUGUCGGUGGAGUAAAUUGGGGGCUAUGGACCAGAAGGGUCAUAUGUAAGACAAUGUAAUUUUUUUGUUAAGAUUCUCCCCCCCCCAUCACGUACACAUUAUUUUUUUUUUAAUGAAAUAGCAAAACGAGGUAUGUGGAAGCUUGAAAUAAGAUGACAGGACAAAAAAAACAAGGACUUUCGGCUUAAAGCCUUCCUCAGCCAACAGUAGAAAUGAAAAUAUAACAAAGAAAAGAGCACAGUAGACAACUCAAGCAGUAUCCAUUCGUGUCGCCGGAAGUGGGAACACAGGAAGCGAGAAAAUAUAAAUAUUGACACUGUGAAAAAUGAAGUCAACAAUAAUAUUUUUUUAACUUGGUAUAGAAAUUUCAAAAUAAGAUUCAUAGUCAAAAGCGAAAAUUACCAUCCUUGCCAUCCACAAGUUUACAGACAAUCUGAACACAUUGGACGUAAAUGAUUUGUGGUCAAAGCGAGUUCAAACUUAAGGAUGUCCGUACAAUCGAGAAAGUGUUUAUUGUUAUUAUUAUUUUUUUAAUGGAAACAAAAUGGAAAAUCUCGUUGUCUGUCAUCUCUUUACUUGUUUACUCUACAACUGAGAUUUAUUUUUUUUAAAACGUGGAUGUCAUUAUAACAUUAUUAUUAUUAUUGUUACCGUGCUAUUCUAUAGCGUGGUACCUAUGCUUAGGGCUGGCCUCACCGCGCCUUACAUUAAACUAUUUCCAAUGAUAAGCAUAUCAGUAAAACAGUUACAUAAAUGUAUUUAAUUUAAAAAAGAAACAUAUUUACAUGUCAAGCCAUGGGAGAGAAUUCCGUUGUUGUUUUUUUUUGUGUGACGCUGAAGGAGAAAGAUCGUUCACCGUAUCUUUCAGUGCGUGUCCUGGGAAAAGUAAAAAUACGCGUGUUUGGAGAUAAGCAAAUUUGUCGAAGGGGUGAAGAGACGCAAAGACGUUCAGUUAGAUAGCGGAGCACUCUAGCGAAAUGCUGUAAAUUAACCUUAUAAAGAUCAUUAGAUGUGCAGUCAUAAAUAUGUGACAUAACCAGAUGCUGAAAUUAAAAAAAACAACAACAUUAGCUUCAAAGCUUCAAUUAUGUUAAAUUUAAAUGUGUCUGAAAAUAAGAGACUGCUCGGUCUAACCUAAUUUUUUAAAAAAAAAGGGAUAACCGAUUACACUUACAUUUUCCUCGCAUGUAACCAAUCCACGGUAACGGAUAAUGAUUUUGAUCAAGUGAUUGAAAGGCUUGCUGCUUUGAAGACCAGGAAAGAAGAAAUUUCAAACAAUUCAAUUGAAUGUUAAAAAAAAAAACGAUACUUAAUGCUGUUAAAGUUCUUAAAUACAUUUACCUCACGACCUUCAAGUAAUUUGUUUAUAGUGGAGUUGCACUGUUUUCAAACUUUUCAAUAAACGGAAAAUUAUUUUAAAACGUUUUCUUUUCAUUUCAGUUUAAAGGCCUUUAACGAAUGUUAAAUACACUAGGGAUUAACCGGAUCCAGUUUAUCUUACACCGAUUCCAGUUAUUUUGAGAAAAUAUACCCAGUGGGUGCAAGUGUUACAACAAAAGUAAACUUAUCAUUUUCUGUAAUAUAUGCCGGCCUGUAAACAAUGACCCUACAGACAGUCCUCCACCAUACCCACCGGCCUUUGAACAAAAGUCCUAAAGACAGUUCUACACCAGACCUGUGGCUUUUUAUUGAUUAAUAUAUUAGUUGCCUCCCCCUAAAGCAAAAUAAAUCAACCUGAACUGAGUUCAGACGUCACGCAUGAAAGCUCGCUGAGUGACAGUAUUUUGCUCGUACAGCAUUAUUGCCUCUUCUCUUGCAGUGUUAGAAUUCGACCAAACUGGAAGUGACCUAUGGAUUGCAUAUUGUUGGUAAUUUUCAAAAACAGUGCUAAAAAUACGCAUGCUUCAGUUCCGGAUGUAUCUGCAAGUGUUGAACGACUGAUAACUUGUAUGUCGGACAGAUAAGGAGCCAUGGAGUAAGGUUAAAUGUAAUGUCAUAAACGUGAGGUUAUACUUAAAUAUCAUGGUAAUUUGGGUAUUAAGCAAUUGUUACUAAACAAUAUUAAAUAAAAUUGUACAACGAUACCAAAACAUGUGCAAUCCAACAUUGAUAAUCAUCAAAGGGACAGGGUCUACCUAAGAUAUCACACAGUUGUAAAAUAUUUUUGACAGGGUCUGCCUAACAUUUCAUACGGCUGUACCAAUUGUUUGACAGGGUCUACCUAACAUUUCAUACGGCUGUACCAAUUGUUUGACAUGGUCUAUUUCAUAUUUCAUACAGCUGUACCAAUUGUUUGACAGGGUCUACCUAACAUUUCAUACGGCUGUACCAAUUGUUUGAC